CAAUACACAGCCUUGUUCCCGAUCUCGAUCUGGCUUUGAACCCUAGUGUGACACGACAUCGCGUUCGUCUGUACUGCGAGCUGCAGUAACGCCAAUGGUGCCUACUCUUUCCUCCUCGAACUCUAUUGCCUUCCUGGCCCUUCCGCUGGAACUCCGCCAGCAGAUCUAUCGAUUCUGCAUCCCAGAAAACCUUUGCUUCACAUGUUCUGGCAAUAUGUACCGCCAAAACCGCCACGAAGGAUGGGUCGAGCCGCCAUGGCGCUGGGACAGAACUUGGGAUAGGUACGACACAAGUGGAGCCAAUCUUUUCUUCGACGAAGACGACCGCCCUUGGCAUGAGUUGGAGGAGAGUGUUGAAGCCUCUUCGACAGAUGGGGAGGAUAGCAACGAAGACGACGAAUACGAGCCCUCUCGGCUGGACGACUAUUGUCAAGCAUCCCUGCGACAACGUCCUGCAAUUUCUCCGUCUCCUCGAAGUGCCUUACCCGGACUCCUUCUCCUUUGCCGCCAGAUUACUGAUGAGGUGAAGGGAAUGCUGUACGGAGGGAAUACUUUCAGAGUCGAUGUUGACGACGAUCAAUCGAAUUUCGCGCGGUUGUUCAGUCCUGAGGCAAGAGAGAAAAUGCGGAAGAUGAUAUUGGUCUUACGACCCAUGGGGCUUUCCUAUUGCCGGGAUUUCCGCAUGGACCAGACGAUUUGGGAUGGUGUUCUCGGUAACCUUUCGAUAUUAGGCGUUAUCGCAGAGCAGCCGGCCCCGCCUUCUCCGUACGCAUCGCCGCAAGUGGAACCGGAGGACGUCUUCAAGGAAUGGACAGCAUGGUUAACUCCGAUCUUAGAGUAUCUGAGCCGAGCUCUUUCCAAGACAGCUCAGAUUGUGGUGGAUGCGAACAAGGAGGAAGAUACAGUUCAUAUUUUUGAAAAAGAGAUGCCGGGACGCUGCCGCUUUCAGCGCCUGCGCGCGGCCGACAAUAUAUUCAAAAGAGGGGAGUUCUCUUGGGAGUCAGAGUCCUGGGUUGACGACGGUCCCACUAGCUGUAGGGACAUCAUUAACGACUGCGACUACGACUAUUACUUUUCCGACUGAGCAUCGUGAGAGGUUACCAAGAGCUGGACACUUAGGUCCUACGUCGGCAUCCUACAGGUCGAAGAGUAUGAGAGGGUAUUUCAUGCAACUGGGGUACCAUCAAGAACAGCAUUGGGCAGCGUUGUGUCACCUUACCUAUUUGCGACGUUGCAGAGCGCGGGUGAGGGUGGAUAUGGAGUGGCGACGGUUUCUCAAAGGUGUUCAGGCUAUGGGGUACCCGAGGGAGUCGCUAUCAGUCAAGAGCAAUGGGAGGAAGAGUGGCUGGAGUCUGUUA